GUCUGAUACAUACAUGUGCAUGUACAGGAUCAUUUUGAUUGUGUACACAUCCACUGUAUACAUCUACUAAGUGUUUACUAGUGUUUCUCCUGGCUGUUACUAGCAGGAAGUGUUAAUGGAGUCGAAACAGGUAUGCCAGAGCACAAGUAGCGAGCCGAGCACGUUGUACGGUGUUUACGGUAACGUUAACCGGAAGAGUAAACAAGCAUGCGCCGCCAUGCGCAGUGCGCGCGCUCCUCACGAACGCGUUUCUCUACUACUGUUCACAGGCGUCUUUUCAAUGCAUGCAUCCGAACAUGCAAGUUUAAACUGACCUGCACUACAUCUGGCUGCAAUGCAAACCAGUGCAAAGCCGGCUGCUGCAUGCACGAGGGCUGCAUAGCUGGCAAACCCUUACUGAUCUUUAUUCCAUUAGCAUUGACCUAAAGGUGCUAGUGAUUGUAAUGCAUUUCUCUAAAAAAUGCUCCGUGUUUAAGGUGGUGCUCAGUGCCCUUCUCAUUGUCGCACUGUUGCAGCUUUUAUAUCUGUCUUUCCUCUCAAAGUUGCACGGCAAACAGCAGCUCUACAAGUAUUCUGAGCUCUUCGGCUCCAGAAAGAGCGCAAACCAAGGAGAGAAGAACCCCAGGCGGGAACAUCUCCGGUACUCUUUAUCCACAGGCGGGAUCUUCGAUGGGAGCGGACAGUACCGCGUCUAUAAGAACCUGAUCAAAAGCGACUUCUCGACCAAUCAGAAGCCAGGAGCGGAUCCCAGAUCGCACCAGCUGGCUCUGGCCACGCAUACGACCAUCAACAAUCUUCACCAUUUGAGCUCUUUGUUGGAGCGCUGGAAGAAUCCGCUAUCCGUCGCGAUAUUCGCCAACGGCCAAGAUGUCAAGUUCGCCACGGCGUUCGUGUACGCCCUCAGCCUGUUUUGCCCACAGGUUCAAGCGCUGGUGGACUUCCAUCUGGUUUGCCUCUCAGGUGAAAUGGCGAGUUUCCCAGACCAGGAUCGAGAGCAUUUCUCCGGUCUGGAGGAGAUGGGCUGCUCCGGCGUCUUCGCCAAGCUCGAAUCGAACAGAAACAAGUAUAAAAACUACGCCAUUGGGAACAAUGUGUCGUACCCCAAUAACCUUCUUCGCAAUGUGGCCCGCAGUGGCACAGACGCCGCUUACAUCCUGGUCAUCGAUAUCGACAUGCUCCCCAGCGCUAGUCUGCACCACCAGUUCGUGACCAUGCUGAUGAGGCGUGAACCGGCCGCGGACGAGGUCCUCGUGCUCCCUGCGUUCGAGAUCAGACACACUCGUAAGAUGCCUGCGACGAAGGCGGAGCUGGUGCAGCUCUAUCAGGUGGGCGAGGUGCGGCCGUUUUACGACGAGCUUUGCCCUCGCUGUCAGGCUUCUACGAAUUACUCGCAGUGGGUCAAUCUGGCCAGCAGGGGCUCCGGGCCGCUGGAGGUGGCGUACACUAUAAACUGGGCCGAUCCGUGGGAGCCUUUCUACAUCGGCGCUCGAACCGUUCCUCUCUACGACGAGAACUUCAGGCAGUACGGCUUCAACCGCAUCAGUCAGGCCUGUGAGCUUCACAUCGCCGGCUACCGCUUCUCUGUGCUGAGCAAUGCGUUUGUGGUGCACAGAGGGUUUAAGGUCCAGGGAGAGUUUCACAGCAGAAAGGACGAGGAGAACCGCAAGAACCGCAUGCUCUUCCGCAGCUUCAAGGAGAGCCUGAAGGCCAAGUAUCCGAACUCGCCUCGCCGCUGCUGAGAGAUGAGAGAGAUCACAGCUAAUCCUGACUUCAUGAGAGAAUCAUAGGUACACAAAACUGAAACAUGAAGCUGUUUGUAUCUCCGCUCAUUUCAAGCAUCAAAAACUCUACAGUCAAAGGAGACGCUCUUGAAUGCUCAUUAUUUUCUCAGUAAGCUGAAGACAUGAUCCUUCACGCUUUUAAAAAGAGAAACAAUAAAGAUGGUCCUUUUUGUUUUCAUUACAUUUGUGACUGCUUUGAAAUUUGAGAGCAAGGUACAAUGUCUUCAAAGGUAACUUAUUUAUUUAUUUAUUUGAUUUUUAUGCUGUUUUUCUUCUUACUUUUCGGAGGUUUUCAAUGUAUUUUUUCAAGUUUUCUAAAAUGGGCCAAUGUCAUUAU